GGAGGGUACAAUUUUUUAUCAGACCUCUUACUCAGUACGCCGAGUGACAUCUCGCGCACCGCGCGCAUCCCCCCACUUGAGGUCACCAGAAUUCUUCAGGCUGCAUGUCGAGAAUGUGUAUCCCCCAUCAAUAAAAUCAAAGACUGGCCGCUAGAAGGCGAAGAGAAGUUCACAACUGGGGAUGCUGAUUUAGAUAGUAUGCUGGGUGGUGGAAUCAGAACGGGAAUGCUUUGGGAAAUUGUGGGUGAAAGUGCUGCGGGCAAGACACAGUUCGCCCUUCAACUCUCGCUGCUUGUUCAGCUCCCUUCUAGGUUAGGAGGUGUUCUAGGUUCUGCUUUUUAUCUGACGGUCGCAUCGCAACUGCAAACCACGCGAAUGGAACAAAUACUCAAUACCCAUCCGCUCUUGUCGCCUUCACUGUGUUCUUUCGCAAAUAUACAACACGCAUCCGUUCCCACCAUCGACAAACUCAUUUUUGUCCUAUCUAAAUCUUUACCGCAAUAUAUAUUCGCAAAUGACCAAAACUCAUCAUCAAAACCUCUCAAACUGAUUGUCAUCGACGCUAUCGCGGAACUCUUCCAUACUUCCAAGAGAACAACCACACAGUUCCUAGUUGAACGGUCCCGCAGACUGUCUGAAAUAGGGACGCUCUUGCAUUCACUCGCCAGCAAGCACCAAAUAGCGAUCCUGGUCCUGAAUGAGGUCAGCGAUACCAUCGACAGGGACAUUGCUCCUUUGAACAGUGGACAGGUCGGCUACAAGGAUCAGUUCCGGUGGUUUGGUCGGACAGACAGUGUCCUAGGGGAGGGCAAGAAAGAAGCAACGCUCGGUUUAGUUUGGUCGAAUCAGCUUAAUGCCAGAAUAUUUCUCUCGCGAACAGGUCGCCGACGGUAUCUUGAAGAGAGCGAGCGCCCGAGGAAAAUCCAGAAGUCAAUCUCAGCGACAUCGUCGAACAAUUCAGUUGGCGAUGAACAACCCCUACUCAUUAGGCGGCUAACCGUGGUGUUCAGCUCGGUGUGCGAUCCUGCCUCUUGUGACUACAUUGUUACUGCGGAAGGCAUUUCAGUUAUCCCUGGCUCUGCUGUUUUGCUUGCUGUUGGACCAGCGGUGAGCACAGCUGCGCCUGUAGGGAGCGCUCAUGUUUCGAUGUUACUUCAUGGUGACCUCACUCAAAUGCAAAACGCUCAAGUAGCGCCACUGGACAUCGGUCAUGUUGUGGAUAGCACGGCUGUUGACAGUAGAUCUUCUACUCCAGACAAUGAGCCAGGGGAUGACGAAUGGGACGCUUUCUGGGAGCGGAACGCGUUACCGGAGUGUGCAUUUGAAGAAACAAUUUUGACUGAGCCCAAACUGAGCCCUGGCGGUACCUAA